CGCACCGGCAACGCGCGAGGGUUCAACGCGGAAACUGAUAUAAAGCGCUGGAGUAACUUCCCAUACUAGUUGACAAAUUAAUUUCCAUAAAAUAUGGAGAACGUGUUAGCAAAGGUUGUACUCAGACAGUCAUGGAACAACCUCAUUGAUUUGCCUUCUCAAGUUACCAGUUUAUUGUAUAAUGCCGGUGUCUCCCCACAAGAGGUCAUCGUUGAAAUUGUGCUGAAGACUCACAAUCAAUGCUACAUUGGAUGGUCCGGAAUGAACUCCAGAUCUUCGCUGGACAUGAAUAUUGAUCCCUUAUCUGCUCAGGCCUUAAAUCUCUCAGAGAAUGAACCGAUCACUAUCAACGUGAAGAUUCAAAAUUUCAAAUCAUCAAGAAUCAUGUUAGAACCCGAAACGUUUUCGGAUUGGGAGCUCGUUGAAUUACAUGCUGCGUACAUCGAAUCCAAACUCAUUGAGCAAUCCAGGUGCGUAGCCGUGGGCCAACCUUUGAUUAUAUAUCCGACUAAGACCUCAUCGGUCAAACUACACGUGAAAGACAUUGGCGCGGAACAUCGGUUUGCCAUGAUAGAUCCUUUUGCUGAGGUGAGCAUUGCCCCUAAGCGAUAUGAAGAGAAGUCUGCAAAUGCUCGCUCUUCAAAGUCAAUAAAAAACUCUCUGAGUGAUAAGAUGUCAACCCCUACUCUUUUGAAAAGGGGAAUUUCAAUGCACAAUACAAGUCAGCAGGUUGGUUCUUCCGAUCCAAGGUCAAAUGAGUAUGCUCUAUAUGGAAAUAUUCAAGAGUUCACUGGUACUUUUGGAAGCUGUGAGUUUUUCUGUGUGUCGGUUAUUGCUGGUCCCGACUCAAAGCUGCAUAAUGAUUCCCCAUCCCCAGUUAGUAGCCGAGAGGCAACAAAACAUCCUGAGAAAAGUAAGCAGGUGGCCAUCAUCCUGGAGAGUAAACAAAUUGUUGCAAGUUUUAUCGAUCACUCUGAAUCACCUAAAAAUACAGUCAUGUUGAGCGAAAACCUUGCAAUAUCCUUGAAUGUCGAAAACUCUUUGGGCUAUAAAGUGGUUCUCAAGCCAGCAUCAAAUUGUAAACCUACAAAGGCUCCGACAGUGAUCAUUCGCCCAUACAUAACCAAAGGCAAGAAAAUUGAUUUUGUUUCCCGAUCUUCACCAAAAAAGACCCAGGUUGAGGACUCAAAACAAAUUGCCGAGUCAUUGUUUUUUAAUUCCAAAGGCUCGACAUACCCAGUAUCAAAUUUCUGCAAAGUCCCAAUUGUUCCAAAAUUACUACCAUACGGUGGAAUAAUAACUUUCAAGAAAACUCUGGAUCCACAUGCGUGGUUCAGACUUUCUGGUCUGGCUAAAUCCAUUAAAGAGCUAAAAAUCGAAUUCGGAGAGCCAAUCACACGCUUUCCGUGGGAAAUACAGAAAAACUCAUCAAGCGCUGAACUCGAAACCUUGUAUGGUAUCGAUCCCCUUCUUAGUGACCUAACUGAACACUUGAGAGUAUUCAAGAGCACGGGUCUAGUGAUCCAUGGAACCCAAGGAAGUGGAAAGUCUGCAAUUUUGAAAGUUUUGGAUAGAAGAUUAAGAGACGAAUGUAACAUGUUCACCAAAUUUGUUGCAUGUGAGGUCUUGAUGAAUGAAAGUACUGAGCAAAUACGCCCCAAAUUCACGAGAUGGAUCAACGAAGCUGUUUGGAAUCAGCCCUCUGUUCUCAUUUUCGACAAUUUGGACAAGGUAUUAUCAGCUGAAGUUGAGAACACCGAUUCCUCGAUAUCUGAUCAAUUGACCGAGCAUCUUAUCUCUCUAAUGCGAAAUGUUUCUUCGCAAAAAGGAACAAAUGUCUCCAUUCUAAUUUCUGGAAAAUCUAAAGAAUCAUUCAACAAGUUGUUUUUUCAGUCUCAUUUAAUCGAAAAAUAUUGCAAUAUUGGAGUUCCGGAUAAGGCUACAAGAGCUGCAAUUCUUGAGAAUUAUCUAUCCCGAAAUCUUAAUUGCACACUUUCUUUUGAUUUAAUGGAUGUUGUUCUGGAGACUGAAGGAUACUUACCUAAUGAUUUAAAGGUUUUGAGUGACAGAAUGUAUUAUGAAAGUCUUCGUUGGUGUAAGAAAAACCACACAAUGAUUGAGGCUGAAAAAGAGAUCAAUAUUCAUUCGAGAGAUUUGGAAGCAUCGCUUUGUGGAUUUCAACCAUCAAGUUUAAGAGGAGUCAAAUUAGAAAAGUCAGGAACACAAUGGAAGGAUAUUGGUGGAAUGGAAGAGGCGAAGCGUGUACUUUUGGAAACUCUCGAAUGGCCAACGAAGUAUGCCCCAAUUUUUGCCAGCUGUCCAUUGAGAUUGAGGUCUGGACUCCUUUUGUAUGGAUAUCCAGGUUGUGGUAAGACCUUGCUCGCGAGUGCCAUAGCCAGUCAGUGUGGUUUGAACUUUAUCUCCAUUAAAGGCCCUGAAAUUCUCAAUAAAUAUAUUGGCGCUUCAGAGCAAUCAGUGAGAGAGCUUUUUGAAAGAGCUCAGUCUGCUAAACCCUGCAUUUUGUUCUUUGAUGAAUUCGACUCUAUUGCUCCGAAAAGAGGGCACGACUCCACUGGCGUUACUGACAGAGUCGUGAAUCAAAUUUUGACUCAAAUGGAUGGUGCAGAGGGCUUGGAUGGGGUUUACGUUCUAGCAGCUACUAGCAGGCCGGACUUAAUAGAUUCUGCCCUAUUGCGUCCAGGUCGUUUAGACAAAAGCAUUCUAUGUGAUUUACCGGAUUUUCGUGACAGAUUAAACAUUUUAGCAUGCAUCUGCAAUAAAAUGAAUAUUCUGGUAAAUUUGGAACUCGAAGACAUUGCCUCCAAAACCGAGGGAUUCAGUGGUGCGGAUUUGCAAGGUUUAGCCUAUAAUGCGUAUCUAAAGGCGGUCCAUGAAAAGCUCAGCAACGAUGAGAAGAUUGCGAAUGGCGAAAUAAAUGGCCCCGAAGAAAGCCAUGAGUUUUUUCUUAUCAACUCUCAAAAGGAGAGAAAUAAGAUAAGAACCGCCGAGAAUGUCGCUAUACUGCAGCAACUUAUGGCAGUUUUUGGAACUAAGGAUAAACAAGCGGAUUCAGUGCAACCAGAAAUUGAAUCGAGUAGAUCUCAGGUUAUAAUCAAGAGAUCACAUUUCCUCGAAAGUUUGAAAGAAAGCAAACUGUCCAUCUCUGCAUCUGAAAAGACUAAGUUACUCAAAAUCUACACCGAAUUCCAAAGUGGCAGAGAUGGAAAUAUGCCAGAUGGAAGCACGAGUAAUGAAAUUGGCGGUCGCACCACACUCAUGUAAAUUAAAUGUGAAUUACUGUGGAUUCUAACUGCACCCUUCGCGCCACGGUCCUUUGGCGAGCUAUCCUGUUCUUUCGACUGCAAAAAAUGCGGCCCAAUUAAUGAAGCUUACAUUCUUAUUUAUCAUGUAUCCUGUUUAGGUCAAAUUGGGUCAUAAUGAAAACGAUAUUUUCAGGGCUCUUAAUAUCGUGUGUUGCCUAAGGGCUUCAAGAUGGUAGUCUUUAAAAUAUUGAGUCGCAAAAAACAAAAAUUUUGCUAUAAACUGAAAAUUUGGAAAACGCCUCUAAUAAAUCUACAAACAAAGAGCGAGUUGAUUAAUCAUUUGAUCUAACAUGUCUUUUUUUUUUUGAAGGACAAACAUAUGUAUGUAUCUUAAGAAACAGAAAAUCACCGCCAGAU